AAUGGGGUAUACAAGUAUCUUCUACACGAUCACAUUCGUAGCCCUCGUGGGAGCUCUACUUGGCGUAUCAAAAGCACAGCCGAGCGGGCCAUGCGUGAGCACACUGACCACCCUUUCUCCGUGCCUCAGUUAUAUCACCAGAAACUCAACAAAUCCCUCACAGACUUGCUGCUCUCAGCUCGACUCUGUCAUCAAAUCUUCGCCGCGGUGCAUCUGCUCUGCCGUCAACAGUCCGAUCCCUAACAUCGGCCUUAACAUUAACCGCACACAGGCCUUGCAGCUCCCAAAUGCCUGCAACAUUCAGGCGCCUCCUCUCUCACAAUGCAACGCGGCCAAUGGGCCGACAACACCUCCUCCCGCACUCUCACCGGUGGAGCCCCCGGCGGACAAGAACCCCGGUGUGGCACUAAUCCCAACCUCAUCACCAGGUGCUCGUUCAGGAGCCGGAGGUGGUUCCAAGACCAUUCCUUCCACCGGGGCUGGCUCAUCCUCCGAGAGCGUCGACCAUGUGCCACCCCAUUUGCUUAUAUAUGCUUUAUUUGUGUUUUGGACCUCCUCUCUUCUUAAUCAAUUCUGAGAGUUAUGUAUUUGAGAAUUUGAUAUUUUCUCGUUUGCUAUUUCAUUCGGUUGCAUGGGUACCAGAUUUAUAUGUGAGUUGUGUAUGCUAUCUUACUACUUUAAAGAAGAAAAGUAUUUAUCUGACCUUGUCGUUUGUG